AUGGCUCUACUUUAUUCUGAGGUACCGAAAUUCUACACAUGGAAUGCAUCGGCUAAAAAGUUUCAACGUCGCAAACAAGGUAAAGCAGUUGAAGGACAUCCCAAUUUGUAUUCCUAUGACACAUUGGGUCGUCUGUACACUGUUUACCCGAACAAUACAGAGUGCUUCUAUGUGCGAUUGCUGUUAAUCAAUGUACGUGGACCGACAUCCUUCCAAGAUUUAAGAGCAGUCAACGGUCAGCUGUGCGCCACUUAUCGCCAAGCUUGCCAGGAGCUAAAUUUUCUUGAGAAUGAUGCACAUUGGGACACUGCGCUCGCAGAUGCAUCGAAUACUGCGCGACCACAGCAAAUGCGCUUCCCAUCUAAUCCAAAAGAACUUUGGGAAAAAUACAAGGACUACAUGAGUGAAGAUAUUCUACAUCGUUUGCGCGCUGCGAAUCAAAAUCUGGACAUUGAAUUCACACCAAACGUGUAUAAUGAGGCAUUGAUUUUGAUUGAAGACAUAUGUUUGGCAAUCG